GCCGCCUGCACGCAAACCCAGACCUCCUUCGACCCCCCGAAGGAGAUAAGAGCAAUAGCCCGGUCCAGUAGGAUGUUCUUGACCGCACCUGCAGCUUUCAACGAGGCGGCUGUGUGUCGGGCGCAUAGCUUCGUGGUCAGCGAUAAGCGUCACGGAAACAUGGAAAAGAGCGUGAAGGUGCGAGACAGCUACAGCAUUACCAUUGAGCUCAUGGAUCCUCCUCAAG